GACAUGAGAAAGAGCGAACAAGCGCGGAAAGGCGUCACUAGUGCUAUCUAUCGGUGGUUGUGGGGACCUAAUAACGAUCGAGAUUUGAAGAGCGGGCUGGAAAAGAGGAUGGUCCGUCGCUGUCGCGGCAAUUUCCACUCUUGGAGCGGCAGCUUGCUGUGUUGUUUGUGUGUGAAGUUUGUUGGCUGAAGCUCGACAACGUAUCAAAAAUGCCAAGUAUACCAAAAGUGAAGUUUAACGACGGCCAGGAAAUCCCCAUCUUUGGACUCGGUACAUGGAAGUCAAAGCCGGGUGAAGUGACCCAGGCGGUGAAAGAUGCAAUAGAUGCUGGGUAUCGCCAUUUCGACUGCGCGUACGCCUACGGCAACGAGAAGGAAGUUGGCGAAGGAAUCAAGACCAAGAUUGCGGAAGGAGUCAUAAAGCGAGAAGACCUUUUUAUCACCAGUAAACUAUGGAACUCAUUCCACAGGCCAGACCUCGUUGUCCCGGUUCUGAAGAAGUCGCUGGAAAACCUGGGGACAACUUACUUGAACCUUUACCUCAUCCACUGGCCAAUGGCUUUCAAGGAGGGUGGUGAAAAUAUGCCGAGGGACAAAGAUGGGAACGUACUGUUCAGCGACGUGGACUUUGUGGACACCUGGAAGGCCAUGGAGGAGUGCGUGAAGCUCGGGCUGACAAAGAGCAUCGGCAUAUCCAACUUCAACAGCGAGCAGAUCACCAGGCUGCUCAAGUCUGCAACCAUCAAGCCGGUUACGAAUCAGGUGGAGUGCAACCCGUACAUAAACCAGGCCAAGCUGAUAGAAUUCUGCAAGGCGAGGGACAUCGUGGUGACCGGCUACAGCCCCCUGGGCUCCCCGGACAGCCCCUUCCUCAAGCCGGGCGCCCCCAUGCUGCUGGACGACCCCAAGCUCCAGGAGCUGGCCAAGAAGUACAAGAAGACGCCGGCCCAGGUGGUGCUGCGGUACUCGGUCCAGAGGGGCAUCAUAACAAUCCCCAAGUCUGUCACGAAACAACGCAUCAUUGACAACAUCAAAAUAUUUGAUUUUGAACUCAGCAAAGAUGACAUGGCCUACAUUGAUUCAUUUGACUGCAAUGGUAGACUUUGUACUGUUGACCACUCCAAGGCUCACAAAUACUACCCUUUCAACAUUGAAUACUGAAGAUAGUUUCUGCGAAAAGUAAGAAAGGUGAAAUGUUAUUGUUAAACAUUGUUUUAAAAAAAUAAACAUUAAAAAACA